UCAACACUGCUUACGAAAAAUGUCACGUCGAAGAAACAGAAGCGACGACAAAAGACACAAAUAAAAAAAGCUUAUUUUUGCGCAAGCAUUUUAUAUAUUUACAAAAAAGCAAAAAGGCAUAAACAAUGCGAUUAAAUAUUUAGUACGCGUAGUUAACCAAAUUCAUAAAAAUAAUACGAUAAAUUUUAAAGUUUUAAACCAAAAAGAUAAACAACAACGAAAACGGCAAAGAAGACGAGCAAACACACAGCGAAAGAAGAAGAAUACAUGAGACGGUGAAGCAGUUGCAAUUUGUGAACAAGUGACAAAAAAAAGACUGUGUGUAAGAAGUGAAUAAAAGAGAAAAACAAUUCAAAACAACAACAAUCGGCAACACAUACAACACACACACACUCACUAGCACGCACACGUACACGUACACACUCUUACCCAAGUGGAGCAGCCUGGAGUCAAGUAGAAUUACCCGAAGCAGCAGCCACCGUCAGCAAAUUGUGCCACACAUACAAAUAGAACAAUCAACAUCCCCACUAAAGUCAUCCCCGCCCGCUACCCGUUCGACGUUUUGUUUGGCAAGUAGAGGGUAUCCACAAUGAAUCGGUCGGAUGGCCUGGUUAGACGCGCUGUGAAACCACGGGAAAAUGGUGGUGAAGGUGGUGCAGCUGGUUUAAACGCCAACACACCCGAUGACAAUCAGGAUUCGCAUGAUGGCAAUAAGGAUCAAGAGGAUAACAUUGAUGAUGGUGACUCCAAAGAGACGCGACUUACUCUCAUGGAAGAGGUUCUACUAUUGGGCCUUAAGGAUAAAGAGGGCUACACAUCUUUUUGGAAUGAUUGCAUAUCAAGUGGUUUGCGUGGCUGCAUUCUCAUUGAAUUGGGUAUCCGUGGUCGUGUUAUGAUUGAAAAAUCGGGCAUGCGACGACGCGGUUUAUGUACCAGAAAAUUAAUAUUGAAAUCGGAUCAGCAAACUGGCGAUGUUCUAUUGGAUGAGGCAUUAAAACACAUUAAGGAAACAGAUCCACCAGAGACGGUUCAAAGUUGGAUUGAAUAUUUGAGUGGCGAAACUUGGAAUCCAUUAAAAUUACGCUAUCAGCUAAAAAAUGUACGUGAACGCUUGGCCAAAAAUUUGGUAGAGAAAGGCGUACUCACAACGGAAAAGCAAAAUUUCUUGCUCUUUGAUAUGACGACACAUCCAUUAAGCGAUAAUGUUGUCAAAUGUCGAUUGGUUAAAAAGAUACAAGAUUCCGUUUUAUCCAAGUGGGUGAAUGAUCCACAACGAAUGGACAAACGAAUGCUGGCACUUAUAUUUUUGGCGCAUGCCAGUGAUGUCAUUGAGAAUGCCUUUGCGCCGCUUAACGAUGAUGACUAUGAGGUGGCCAUGAAACGUGUCAGAGAGUUGCUCGAUCUCGAUUUUGAAACGGAGGCGGCCAAGCCGAAUGCUAAUGAGAUACUUUGGGCUGUAUUUAUGGCGUUUACAAAAUAGAUGAUGAUGUUGAUGUCGAUGAUAAUGAUGACACCUUCAACUGCUCCUCUUAACAGCACAUAUACACACACACACAUACCUACACAAAGUACACUCCUUCACUCACAUACACACAAACAGAUAUACAUACAGAGAAAAAAAAGGAAUAAACCCAAACUGAGGGAUAAAAAAAAUUUACUUUUUAUUUGCUGUGAGUGAACCGAAUUGGGCUUUAAUAAUCAGAUAUCCCCUCUCCUCUCCUCCUAAAAACAAAAACAAAAUUAUAUAUAUAAAUUAUACAUAUUAUUUCCUUCAGUUUCCAAAUAAUUUGUCUUAAGCAUGUAGCAAAAGCAGCCAUAAAACAUAUAGCUACUUAUAUAUAUAUACAUAUAUGUUUGUGUAUAGCUGCAAAUCCUGUCAAACUAUCAAAAUUUUAGCUAUAAUAAGAACAACUCCAACAACAACAACAUCUCUAUAUUGUUUUAACAUUUCUUAUUGAUUUUGCAAGUUUAUUCAUAUAAUAAAAAAAAAAAAAACAAAGUGCUAGC